UUCAAUUGAAUAGUAUUCAUGUAUAUCUAAAUAUAUGUAUAUACAUAUUCGUUUAUAUAUAUGUAUAUUUUGUAACUUAAUCAUAGCUCGACUGGCACAGCACAACACGAUGAUCUUUCUGCAGCUAUGGUGGACGCUGAUGGUGCUGACAGGCAGCUCCCAUACGGAGCCACCGAAACAGUUCGAGGCGGACUCGGGCAGCGAAGAGCUAAGCAAUUUUCAUGAUGCCGUAAAUGAGGCACGCGAUCAGCUGCAAGAAAUACACUCGAGCUAUGGACAGGUGCAGAACGCUGACCUGUAUCGACAUCGGCGCAAUAGCAUCGAUGAGUUGCUGGCGAGCUUUGCUCAGGCAGGCAAUAAGGACGCAGCUGAGCAGAAGGAUAGUAAUAAGGCGCAGCCAGAGACGGCGGAUGAUUGGCUGAGUGACUUUGAGGCAAGCUUGGCGCAGGAGCAGCCAGCAGCUCCACUAGCUGCAGCAGCAGCGGAUAAAGGCGCAGCAGGAGCAGAAGGUGCAACAGCAGCAGCAGCAGCAGCUGACAAAGGUGCCGCAGCAGCAGCAGAUGCUGCAGCGGUGAAAGCAGAGCCUGCUGACAAAUAUCAGCGCGCCACAGGCAAGGCCAAGUCCAUUGAUCACAUUAGCUCGUAUAGCAAGGGCUUCGAUCAAACCGAAGUGGGCAAGGUGAAGAAGAAGUACAAGGAGCUAACGGAUGAGAAUCUGCCCGUCAGCCAUUUGCCGAAUAAGCCGCAAUUCGAUUUUCUUAGCGGUGGCGCCACCGAGCUGGACAUUAAGCUGCGCCACAUGCAACAGCAACUGAACAAUCAUGAGCUCCAGCAAAAUCGGGACAUUAAAAAGGAUCCCAAGCCGGACCUAGAGCAGGGCCUCAGAGACUAUGGCAAUGAUAUUGUGCCAAAUGGAGUCUAUGAGCAGACGCUGGCACGCCUACAAUUUCCACGCCUCAAUCCCAAUAAUCUGUCGCACGAGGCGAACUAUAAGCUGUCCAAAAUCGAGCAGGAGGCGGCCGAGCAAGCCAACAAGAUGCGCUAUCCCCCUGGGCUGAAGAAGCGCAGCUCCAAUAGCGGCUUCAAUCCCAUGAACGAGAUCAAACUGAAGACGAGCAACAGGCUGAUGCUAAAGGGCAUGGGACCAUCGCUACCCAGCAAUUCGCUCUCUGAUACGCUGCGUGCCCACUAUGUGAACGAUAUAAUCAUGCAGCGUGAGCUGAGGAUGGAGCGCGAACGGGAGAAGGAACGCAAGCAGGAGCAGCAGGAGAACGAGGAGCAAGCGAGUGUCAUGCACUUGCCAUAUGAAUCGCUCAGCUCCAUCGAGGACAGUUCCAUUCGCGGCCUUGGUGCUGAUAGCAGAGCGAGCUCCAAUUUGGAUGUCUCCAGUAUGCAUCUGUUGGACACGCCGCAGAGCUACGACUAUCGCAUGCCCCACUUUGAUCAGUUUACGGCGUCAAGGCAGCGCGUCUUGCCCAAUCUGCGGGACUAUGCGCAUGCGAAUACCAAACUGAAUUUGGGACGGGAGGGCGAACGCUACAAGCGGCAGCCGGAGACGCAAGCAGAAACUGAGAGCGAGUCGAGCAUGGAGCAAACGGAAGCGGCCUUGGGCGGGGGCAAAGGCAAAGGCAACGAUAAGCUGCCAGAGGCAGAGGCCAUAAUGGCCAGACUCUCGGCACCGGAGCCUGCCAUAGCUGAUAAAGUGGAGGCCAAGCUGAAGGCAACUGAGGAAAAAGUGGAGAGCCAAGGCGCAGCUCAGCUCAAACCAAAUCAAGAAGCUCAAGCCGCAGCACUCCAGGCCGAAGCUGUUCAAACCAAUAGGCAGUCCACGCAUCAGGAGCAGGUCGAUGCCUCAGUGGAUGCUCAACCGUCGCAAGCUGUCAAUGAGAAUGCCAAGCAGACUGAAAUCAACGAGGCGCACUCACAGAUGCUGUCCAAGGCGAAGUCUGUGGAUGAGAAGGACAAAGAAUUCAUGCGGAAUGAAGAGAACUCUCUGAAGACAAAGACCAAGCGCGAAGAGUUGUCUGAGCUGCAUGGCAUGUGCAAGACUCAUCCAGAUGCUGUGAUCAAGCUGCUAGCCAACAAGAUCUCGCAGCAUGAGAAGGAGCGAGAUAAACGCAAUAUUAAGCGGCGGAAUCGUCAACGUGGGCUACGCCAAAAGCCCAAUCGCAACGGUAGCAAGCGACGCUGCAAGCGCUCAAUGGAGACGGAGCCACAGGCAAUGCCAGAGGCAAGUGCUCAAGGCGAAGAGCAAUCACAAUCCGUUCUGCAAUCGGAGGCACAGUCAAAAGAUCAGACAGAGACACAAGCAAAGUCCGAUGACUCAGAUGAUCGGCUAAGAUCCAAGAUGCAUUCCGAGCUGGAGCUUCAAUCAGAGGCGGUGGAAUCGGAUUCACAAUCUGAUUCAGAGGUGAAGACUCUAUCGGAAAGAGAGAAAAGAUCCCAGCGCUACUCCGAAACGGAGGCACAGUCGGACUCACAGCUAGACACCCAGUUGAGAGCUAAAAGAAAUCAUGAUUCAACGCUAGAGCUAGAAUCCGAGUCACAGUCGGAGGGUUUAUCAGAGAUUCAGUCGGACUCACAGCUAGAGCCCCAUACGAUUUCCAAGAGAUAUAAAAAAUCAGAGCGAGAUUCCGAUAUACAAUUAGAAGAGACUUCCCAUGCAGAUGAACGAAAUAUGUUCGAUUCUCGUUCAGAGCUCUUCAUGUCGCCAUCUCAGUCGGAGUCGGACUCACAAUCCCAAUCCCAAUCAGAUUCGGAGUAUUCUCCACUAAUUCAACCGAAACUGGAAUUACAGCCAUUGCUAAAUAUAAUGGAUAGUCCAUCGAAAGCCUUAGAUGCCUUCGAGGACCACAAUGGCAAUCGUUUGCAUUAUGGGAACUUGGGCAACGAUCUGUAUCUGGAUUCAGCUAAAAUUGCGGAGGACAAUGAUGACGAUGAUCUGUCCUAUGAUAGAUCCCGGCUGUCCAGUUUCAAAGGCGAUGAUCUGACGCAGGAUUCGGGCGCAGUUGACACCAAUAUUUUCACCAAUUCGCGCUACCAGGUGCCCAUGAUGAGUCAGCGUAACAAUCCACAGCGCUACCAGUAUAUGCAGCCCUUCCAAUCAUAUAUGCCGCCUCAGCAGCCGCAGCACUUGUAUCCACAGCAGCUGCAACAGUUGCAGCAGUGCCAGCCGCAGAUGGUGCAGCGACAACAGCCGCAGCAGCCCCAACAAUUCCAUAAUCAGCUGCUGACCAACAACUUGAAGUCGAAUCUGAAUUUUACGCAUCUGUUCAAUGAGCUGGUGAAGCUGCAGAAACCGCAACAGCAGCAGCAGCAACUGCAACAGCAGCAGAUAUCACAGUUGCAGCAGCAACAAUCGCAGCUGCAUCAGCAGCAGCAGCAGCAGCAGCAACCGCAUCAGACAAAUUUAGAAUCUAAUCAUUUGAAGCCUUUGUAUGGCGUGCAUCGUCACUUUGGAACGUCCGCUAAUAGGGCCAACAAGCUGAAUCUUAUGAAUGAUCCGUGUGUGCCAACCAGCAAAGUGACAACUGAACCAUCAGCAGAGACAACAUCAGCAGACUCAACAACAACGACAGCUACAACGGCGGAAACGACAACAACAACAACAGCAGCAGCAGCAGCUGCGGCAGCAGCGGCAACAACCGCGGCAACAACAACAGCAGCUCCUCCUGCUUCUGCUGCUGCUGGCAGCACCAUGAAUCCCGAUUGUGUUCCUAUUCCAACAGAGAGCACAACUUCACGCACUCAGUCAAGCACAGCAGCACCCGAUGUCGCAGUCGAUAAUAAUAAUAUUUGCAAUAGACCCGAUGCCGUUAAGCUGAAUGUGUCGCUGAAUGCGAAUGUGUGCACAGAUCCGAAGACGAAUCAAUUCAUCAGCAAUGGUACGAUCAGUGUGCAGCCGAGCGGCUCGCGUAUUAUUGCAUCCUCACUUGUGGACGAGGACUACGUGAAUUGGGAUAGAGACGAGCGUUACUCACGCGAGGCCAUGGAUCGGAACGAAGACGCCAAGCAGCGACGUCAGGAUCGACACAAAAAGAAAGCAAAGAAAAAGGGCAAGAAGGCAAAAAAAGGAGAUGCAAAAGAUGAUAAUGCCAAGAACAAUUCGAACUCCACUUUGAGCUCUUCGAGCAACUCUUCGGACAUCCACGUGGAUAUGAAUGAGCCGUAUAGUGAGCACUAUGGCAAGCUGGUCUCUGGCAAGCUAUCCGAUGAUAUAGUUCAUACUGUUUUCGAUAUGGUGAGCAAUGAUCCGAGCAUGGAUGCAUUGGUCGCAGUGCUGGCCAAGAAUCGUAAAUGCGCUGUGAAGGCAGCCAAGAAUUUCUAUCAGAUACGCAACAAUCAGAAUGAGAAGCAACUGCAGGAGACGGAGUAUAUGGUGCGACGCACUAUGGAGACGAUUAGCGAUCUGAUUGAUAAGCAAAUGCAAAUGAAGAACUGUAUACCAUUGCGUCCCGAUCUGGUGGAGUUCUACAAUCUGAUCAUGAAAAAUAUGGCCGAGCAGCAAAAGACGCGCGAUAAACGUGAGGCGAAUCUGCGAUUGCUUGCCCAAAGCAACGAGCAGGCGGAGCAAAUUUUGGAGCCGGCUAACAUUGAGCAAAAGUCACGUAUUGUCAAGAAGCUGCUGCGAGAGUUCGAGGAGCUGCCUGUCGAACAGCAGAGGCAGGCGGCCGAUGUGCGGGAUGAGCUGCUCCUGGAUCUCAUCUAUCUGCGCAAAAUGUCCGAUGCGCUGGAGCGGAAGCAGCGCGAUGCACAGCUGGACGGACUGUUGCACAAGGCCAUCGUUACCGAGGGGGCGGAGACAAUACACCAAGAGUUCACGCCGCGCUUCAUCAAGCUGUUCAAGACCGCAGAGAUCUUCAAGGAGGUGGGCGAGCAGCAGGCAAGGGAUUUCGUAGGUCUUUGAGAGGGAGCUGGGUUCAGGUAUCUAAAUGAAAUAUAUGUUGUUUUUCAUUUAUUGUGAGAUUAUUCGAUUUUGUUAUU